UGACGAUCUCCACAUGUGGGGAGAGUGCUGUGCCCGACGAUCGCAGCAGAAGCAAAUCAGCGUUUUCUUUUCGUGUGUGUGUUGACAGAGAGAGAGAGAGGACGAGAUAGAGAGAAACAUAGAGCAACACAGUGAGAUAUAUACAGUUCCUGUGCAGGACUAAAGGACCCAAACGAAAGAUGUUACCCAGAGAUCUACGGCAUCUCUCGGGUCUGCUGGGCGCCGUUUAUCUGCUGGCCGGCGUUGUGUCCUUUGCGGAAGGAGCAAAGGUCUGCAACACCACGCUAUGCGACUGCAAAGGCAUCAAGGGACGCAUCGGUGCCAUCGGUCCACCCGGAGUUCCCGGCUUGGAGGGACCUGCUGGCGAUGUGGGACCAAUUGGACCGGCUGGCUAUCUGGGCGAGAAGGGAGAUGUCGGCGAGUACGGUGAAGUUGGCGAAAAAGGACAUCGAGGUGAUGUUGGAUUUGUUGGUGAACCCGGAUAUCCUGGCCCCAGGGGUUUCCCCGGCGAGGAUGGCACACCGGGACCCCGUGGCAUCGAUGGUUGUGACGGCAAGCCCGGUAUAUCCGGCCCCGCUGGAGCUCCUGGCGAGAACGGAGUUCGCGGUCCGCCGGGCAAGCCUGGUCCCCAGGGUCCACCCGGUGACGCCGGCGAGGGCGGCAUCAACUCAAAGGGCACCAAGGGCAGUCGCGGUGACCGCGGUCCUGGAGGCUAUGACGGACCGCCCGGCUUUGAGGGUGAUCGAGGACAGAAAGGUGACACUGGAUUCGCUGGCUUGACCGGUGCCAAGGGAGACCCGGGUCCACAGGGACAACCCGGUGAUAUUGGUGAACCGAUGGAAACACCGUACCGCCUGCAGGGAACCCCUGGAGAGAAGGGCGACCCGGGCGAGAGCGAGCCAGGAGCACUCACCGUUGACAUCUCCUUGAAGGGCUACCGUGGCGAAGUGGGUCCACGGGGAGACAUUGGACCGGCCGGCCCACGUGGUGAGCAGGGUCCAUUCGGACGUGACGGUCUUCCGGGCUCCAGAGGUGAUGUCGGCGGACCCGGUGAGCGAGGCAAGCCUGGAAAGGACGGUGAGCCGGGAGUACCUGGGGACAAGGGUGUCAAGGGAGCGCCAGGUUACAAUGGCAUUGACGGAUUGGACGGCAGCCCGGGACAGCGAGGAGAGGAUGGAUUCGAUGGCAUGCCCGGUGUCCAAGGUCGUCCGGGCCCCAAGGGUCUGUACGAUCCCACGAUGAGCAAGUCUCUGCCGGGCCCCGUUGGACCGCAGGGAGACAUUGGACCCGAGGGCCAUCGCGGUCCGCCCGGUGUGCCCGGCAAGCCAGGACGUCGCGGUCCAACUGGCCUCCAUGGCCAGCCCGGUGAUCAGGGAUUCAGCGGCAAACGUGGCCCACCCGGACGCAGUGAGCGCGGCGAAGCCGGUGACUAUGGACUGAUUGGUGCGCCUGGACCCCAGGGACCGCCCGGGGAGGCUGGUCCACCCGGACGCUAUGGACUGCGUGGUGAUCCCGGCUACAAUAUGAUCGGACCCAAGGGAGAGGCUGGCCUGAACGGAUUGCCCGGCAAGGAUGGCUAUCGCGGCGAACGCGGAGAGGUCGGUCUGCCCGGAGACAAGGGUCUGCCCGGUGAGGGUUACAACAUUGUGGGCCCACCCGGUUCACAGGGACCGCCUGGACUACGUGGCUAUCCCGGUGACGAUGGCAUGCCCGGCUUCCGAGGACUGCACGGAGACAAGGGAUUGCGCGGCGACGACUGCGGCAUCUGUCAUGCUGGACCCCGUGGACCACGAGGACAGGAAGGUGACACCGGUUAUCCUGGCGCCCAUGGCAAUCGUGGCUUGAUUGGAUUAACCGGAGCGCGUGGUCCUCAGGGCAUGCAAGGAAAACCCGGCAAGACUGGCUUCAAGGGUAUCCGCGGAUCACCUGGUAUUCCCGGCGAGACGGGAGUCCCCGGCAGAAAGGGUGUCGCUGGAAAGGUCAUUGUUAUUGGCAGCCUGGGAGCAGCGGAAAAGGGCGACGAUGGAGAGCCCGGACGUCGUGGAUUACAAGGUUUCGAUGGUCUGAAGGGAGCCGCUGGAGCCCAUGGAGCCCAGGGUGCACGCGGUGAGCCGGGCUUGCGCGGUGACUACGGUGACACUGGUCGUCCUGGAGUCGACGGACGCCCAGGUCGUCCCGGACGUAAUGGCAGUCCCGGACAGAACCCAACCACGCCCAAGGUGUACCUGAUUGGCGAACCCGGUUACAAUGGACUCAAGGGUGAGCGCGGUGACGACGGCGACAUGGGAUUGAAGGGAGAAAAGGGUAACAUGCAUCCCGGCGAGGUGAUCACCAACAGAGGCGACGAGGGUGACAAAGGCUUCCAGGGUGAGCCUGGCUCACGAGGACCAAAGGGUGAACAAGGCAUUCCAGGCAUUCCUGGCGAUAUCGGUGACGAGGGACCGGCUGGCGAGACAAUCCAGGGACCCGAGGGUCUCAAGGGUUAUCCGGGCAUUACCGGAGACUAUGGACUGCACGGUGCCCCCGGCUUACCCGGCCUGGACGGUGAGCCUGGUGUCGAUGGCUUUGUCGGAUUGAAGGGACUUCGCGGUGAACCUGGACAAUCGGUGAUUCCCGGUGAUAUUGGAGUGCCCGGACGGCCCGGUAUCAAGGGAUUCUACGGUGAUGCUGGCGAAACUGGACAAUAUGGACCACCUGGCCGUACGGGAGAGAAGGGAGCCAAGGGCGAGAUGGGACCGUAUGGAGCCAUCGGAUUGACAGGAUUGCCCGGCAACAAGGGUCAGCGCGGUGACUAUGUGAUAGGACCACCAGGACCCCAGGGUCAGCCCGGACGCAAUGGACGCCUUGCUCCGCACGGCCUUAAAGGCCAGAAGGGAGAGGUGGGCUGGCAGGGACAGAAUGGCCAGAAUGGCGUCAAGGGCAGCAUCGGCUAUACCGGAGCUCGUGGUGCUCUCGGCAAUCCUGGCCCCCAGGGCUUCCCCGGCAGUCCCGGUAUUGGAGGCCUUCCCGGCAUGAUCGGUGACAUGGGUGAUCGUGGUGAUAUUGGUGCAGAUGGACGACCCGGCGACAUCGGUCCUCGUGGCGCAGUCGGUGAAUUUGGACUUAAGGGAAUUGCUGGUGACGUUGGACCGUACGGCUAUCCUGGUGCCAAUGGCCUGCCCGGACGCAAGGGCGAGCAGGGAGACCGUGGUUUCCCCGGUCGGACUGGCAUCAAGGGUUCGGCCGCUUUCAGUGGCAUCAAGGGUGACGAUGGUGAGCCCGGCUGGACGGGACCGCCCGGCUAUACUGGUGCUCCCGGUCCCAAGGGACAGCGUGGUCCUACCGGUGAUUCGCCAAUUGCCUUUGAUGGCCCCAUCGGACGGAAGGGAGAGCCCGGCAAUCCUGGAAUCAAUGGAAUCCCCGGACGUUAUGGCCUGAAGGGACAACGUGGUGAACGCGGUCUCACCGGACAAGCGGGUGAGCCCGGUGCCCCCGGUGCCCAGGGAUUGGAUGGCUAUCGUGGACGAAACGGAGCUCCUGGUCUCAAGGGCGCCAUCGGAGAGGUCGGCCCCAGUGGACCCGAUGGCCUGCAGGGCCCGAAGGGUGACGAAGGCUACCCCGGCCUGAUGGGAAUGAACGGUGACCAGGGACCACAGGGCCCCGUCGGCGAACAAGGCUUGAAGGGUAUUCAGGGAGACGAAGGUGAAAUCGGUUAUUCUGGACGCGUGGAGAAUCUGGGAGAUCGGUACCUGUACCGCGGCUUCCCCGGUGACCAAGGCAUCGUUGGUGAACGCGGCGAGAAGGGUGAAAUGGGCCAGAUUGGCUUCAUCGGACUACCGGGUGCCAAGGGUGAGCGCGGUGACAUUGGCUUUGCCGGCCAACCCGGCUACGAUGGCAUUCCCGGAGCCAAGGGCUCCCAGGGUGACAUCGGACCGCGAGGUCUUCCCGGCCUGACCCAAGCAGCAGAGCGUGGAGCAGAUGGUGACGCCGGCUACGAUGGACGCCAGGGUCGACCAGGACGCAGGGGUCAGAAGGGAGCUCCCGGCGAGCAGGGAGAGUACGGAGCCAAUGGCAUAAUCGGACACCGUGGACCCGAGAUCCAGGGCCGACCUGGAGAUCAGGGUGAUGUCGGCUAUCCAGGAGCACCAGGACGCAACGGAUUGCACGGCCUGGCCGGACCAAAGGGAGAGCAUGGCGACCAGGGUCGCCAGGGAGAGCAGGGAGAGGCUGGCUUCGCUAUCUGGGGCAUGCAGGGCGACAUUGGUGAUGUCGGCUUCCAGGGUGCUCCCGGCAGAGAUGGCGCCAAGGGUGAACAGGGCUACCCCGGUCGUCCUGGCCAUUUUGGACGAGUGGGUGCCCCGGGACCAAGGGGACCCACUGGUGACGCCGGCUGGAGCGGCAUUGACGGCAUGGACGGAUUGUACGGCGAGAAGGGACAACCGGGAGAGUCAUACUCCUACUCUAUGGCCCGACCAGGAGACCGCGGUGAGCCCGGCCUCGAUGGCUUCAAGGGUCAGCAGGGUGAUGCCGGAUUACCAGGAUUCGAGGGACUCGUUGGCCUGCGCGGUGCCACCGGCUAUCGCGGUGACCAGGGUGAGGUUGGCUAUUCCGGUGCGGAUGGUCCUCAAGGACCACGCGGUGACAUUGGUCCGAUCGGUCUGACGGGUAGACCUGGUCUUCGUGGUCUGCCCGGACCCGAGGGUGACCCAGCACCGGCACCGCCACCACCCAAGAGCCGCGGCUUCAUCUUCGUCCGCCACUCGCAGUCCGUGCAGGUUCCCACCUGUCCCGCCAACACGAAUAUGCUGUGGGAGGGCUACUCCCUGUCCGGCAACGUGGCCUCCGCCCGCACGGCUGGCCAGGAUCUGGGACAGGCCGGCUCCUGCCUGAUGCGAUUCACCACCAUGCCGUACAUGAUGUGUGAUCUGAACAAUGUCUGCAACUAUGCCCAGAACAAUGACGACAGUCUCUGGCUGUCCACCGACGAGCCCAUGCCCAUGACCAUGACGCCCAUCCAGUCCAGGGAUCUCAUGAAGUACAUCUCGCGUUGCGUGGUGUGCGAGACCUCGACCAGAGUGAUUGCCCUGCACUCGCAAUCCAUGUCCAUUCCAAACUGUCCCGGCGGCUGGGAGGAGAUGUGGACCGGCUUCAGUUACUACAUGACCACCUUGGACAACACAGGCGGCGUUGGACAGAACCUUGUCUCGCCUGGCUCCUGUCUGGAGCAGUUCCGUGGCCAGCCGGUGAUCGAGUGCCAUGGCCAUGGACGCUGCAACUACUACGAUGCCUUGGCCUCAUUCUGGCUUUCCGUUAUCGAGGAGCAGGAGAUGUGGUCCCAGCCGCGCCAGCAGACGCUCAAGACCGAUCCGACCAGCAAGAUUAGCAGAUGCACAGUUUGCCGUCGUCGCGGUGAUGCCUUUGUGGCCCGCACCCUGUCCACCGCAUCCUCGUCUUGGUCCUCGGGUUCGAGCUCCGGCUCAGACUCUAGGAGUCCAUCGGGCGGCGGUUCGAGAUGGUCUUCGGGCUCUGGUUCAGGAUCUGAUUCUGGCUCCGGCAGGUCAUCUUGGUCAUCGGGUUCCAGUGGAGGACAACCAGGAUCCGGCUCUAGCUGGAAUUCGGGCUCCAGCCAGGGGCAACCAGGUUCCGGCUCUAGCUGGAACUCUGGCUCUAGCCAGGGACAACCAGGAUCCAGCUACAGCUGGCCCGCAGGACCCGGUUCCAGCUGGUCCUCGGGAUCCAGUGCUAUUCCCAGAACAAACGCUGGCUGGAAUACGGCCAACUCAAGGAGUAACCCCGGUUGGCAAUCCAAUGCCGGCGGCUCCAAUCCCGCCGGCUGGUCAUCGAGCUCCAGCUGGAGCUCCGAGCCGCGCAGCACCGGCGCCGGUGGAUACCAACGGACCAAUGAAGCCCAAGCUCCCCGGCAGCCGUACUCCCCGGCUCCAUCCAACUACUUGAACGGAAGGUAUCAGCAGCGCCGCCCGAGCAACCAGCCGCAGAGCUACAGCGAGUACGCACGCGAUCCUCGCCAGUACCGUCGGCGCACGCGCGAGGACACCACCGCACCCUAGACUCCCCACUAAGUAGCAGUUAAAUCUUUGUCUUAAGUAUAUUGCUAUCCUAUCGCGAUAACGAUAACGAUCCAAAAAACCAAAACCAAACACUGAACAGUGCCAUUUUCUGUGUAGAAGUAAUCUAAUUACGUGGCCGCCAAACGCCACACACUAAUAACACACCCAAACCAAGUGCCAAGUGCCAAGAAGAAGAAAGGAUUCAGUUCAUAAAUGGGGGCGAGAGGAGUAUCCGUAUCCACACUGCCUGCACACAGCUCCAAUUGUUGGGAUUUAAUUGUAAAUGUAACAACACAAAACCAAAAACCAAACCCAGUUUUUUGAUAAAUAAAAUU